CUGAGAAAAAGCUGAAUGGUGUUUUAAAGCUUGUGUGAGAGAUCUCCAGCUGAGAGAAGUUUCCUCACGGUGCGUGGAAAUAUGAGCGCUCUCGGGGUUCCUCUGUAACCCGCGCUGCAGACUUUCAUCUGUGGUGGAGAAAAGGAUCUAAAAAUGACGUCAGACGGUUUAAAGUUGUUCAUCCUCGGAUUUAUUUGGUGUUUCAUGAGUUUGGCUGUGGGUGGAGGUCCAUAUGGUGGUGUGGAACCCUUGGUGGUUCCUGGCAGAGUUCCCAGUGUGCAUUUGUCUCAGGAGGAGAUCCGGAGACUACGCUUCAAACCCACCGUGGGCACCAUCCCGUGUUCUGAAGGUUCCGAAGUCUCGUUCAACUGCUCGAUUGACCUCACAGACAUGGGACAGGACCUAAGUAUCCUCUGGUUUAAAGAUGGAAGAGAGAUAUUUGAUGGCACACAGGCUACAGUAUACAGUCAUGGAACAGUCAUCCUGCUGUCCACUAUCAGUAUUAGGAGUGUUCAGAGAAGUGACUCCGGUGAGUAUCAGUGCAGACUGAGUGUCAGCAACAAAGUGAUUGAGUCAAACCCCAUCAUCGUGGAGGUUGCUGGUUUACCGGCCUUCACUAAACAGCCAAGUGAUAUAAACGUAACGAGGAACAGCUCUUUCACGUUGACCUGUGAGGCUGUGGGUCCCCCGAAUCCUGUCACUAUUAUAUGGCUUCUUAAAGGCCAGAAGUUAAACCAUUCCAGUGUUUCUCCAAGCUCCAUUAAUAUCCAAGGUAUUGAUUCUCCCACUCAAUACAGCUGUGAAGCUCACAAUAAAAAAGGAGUCACCGUUUCCAGAGAGGCUCAUGUCAACAUUAAAGACUUUCCAGCCAAGAUCUCCAAAAUGACUGUUGUGAAACGCGACUCAAACAAGCUCACCUUAAGCUGGACUCCUGGACACGAUGGCUUUUCUCCACUCAGUAUCUGCUACAUCACAGUCAGAGAGUUGGACAGAAAGCUGGCCAACCCUACCAGAGUGCACAGUGUAUCAGUUCCUCCAUUUCUGUAUGAGAUCACUGACCUGAAAGCCAUGACCUGGUAUAACAUGAGUGUGUCCUGCUCAAACGAGAUCGGCCCCUCACUACCAAGCUCCUGGAUCCAGAGCAACACUACAGAAGGAGUUCCUUCAGUGGCCCCUCAGAACGUGACUGUUUAUUUAAACGAGUCCAUGCUGCUGGUGCGAUGGAAAGCUCCUCCACCUGACAAGAUAAACGGGAUCUUACAAGGAUAUGAUGUUCUUGUGAAUUAUGGAAAAAAUGUCAAUAAGAUUCGCAGUAUGUCCACACAUGCAGCAGUGGCCAUAAAGGAGUUUAACAUCUCAUAUGAUGUGGAAGUGAUGGCCUGCACACAGGCAGGCUGUGGAGUUCGAAGCCCUCGUUAUGGGAUCUUUGUCCCAGAGAUUGAUUUGGCCUCCCCGUCUUCCAGUCCCGACACACACGGCUCAGACAUGGCGAAUAUUAUAACGGCUGUGGUUUCUGGCGUCUGUCUGGUGUUGAUUUUGAUGUUUGUAGCUAUUUGUCUGCGUCACCGGAUCUUAGAAACUCAACUCGGGAAGCUGCUUGGAAUCGGAGAGAAACCUUCACAAAUAGUGGAGUACAGACCUCAGAGAUCCUACAAUCGAUCGGCCAUUGAAAUGACACUCACAAACCUGGGUGUUAGUGAAGAUCUUCAGACCAAACUUCAGGAUGUGAUGAUUUUAAGAAACCUCCUUGUCAUCGGCAAAGUUCUUGGAGAAGGGGAGUUUGGUUCUGUAAUGGAGGGCCACAUAAACUGCCCUGAUGGAACAAGAGAAAAAGUUGCUGUGAAGACGAUGAAAAUGGAUAAUUUCUCUCAGAGGGAGAUUGAAGAGUUUCUGAAUGAAGCUGCCUGCAUGAAGGACUUUAACCACACUAAUGUUAUUCGGCUCCUGGGUGUAUGUUUAGAUGUGGGUCCAGGCCACUUCCCCAAGCCGAUGGUCAUCCUGCCCUUCAUGAAGUAUGGAGACCUGCACAGCUUCCUUAUUCGCUCCCGGCUUGGAGAGAGACCACUGUUUUUCACAACACAAACCCUUUUAAAGUUUAUGAUUGACAUCGCCUCGGGAAUGGAAUACCUCAGCAGCAGGAAUUUCCUACACCGAGACCUCGCAGCACGGAACUGCAUGUUGCGAGACGACAUGCGUGUGUGUGUGGCAGACUUCGGCCUCUCGAAGAAGAUUUACAGUGGAGAUUACUACAGGCAGGGCAGGAUAGCGAAGAUGCCUGUGAAGUGGAUUGCUGUGGAAAGUCUGGCAGACCGAGUUUUCACUGUGAAAAGUGACGUGUGGGCAUUCGGUGUAACCAUGUGGGAAAUCGCUACCCGAGGCAUGACUCCAUACCCUGGUGUCCAGAACCAUGAGAUUUAUGACUACCUUCUGGAAGGCCACAGGUUGAAGCAGCCAAAUGACUGUCUGGAUGAACUGUAUCACAUUAUGUUGAGCUGCUGGUGUUCCGAUCCUGCGGCUCGGCCUGAUUUCACAAAGGUGAAGGAGAUGCUGGAGAAGCUGGCAGAGAAGAUUCUUGACCAGAAGGACAUCAUUUACAUAAACACCACUGUCUUACAGGAAGAGGAGGAACCGUCCGAGUCUGAAGGCCCCAUCCUCACCUCCUCACCGUCCUGCAGCCACCAGACCAUGGACACAUCCGUAGUGACGGUGGACGUCCACGAGAGCUGUGCAGAAGAUGAGGACGACCGUUACGUCAUCGUCGUCUCCUCGGAGGAGGCUGGUGUGGUGGGAGAGAGCUGCACUGCAGAAACUCCACUUUUACAUGUGGUGAAUUUGGAGCAGGACACCACAGACUCUGGAGACGGACCAGAACUUCAGCAAGUCUCCAGCGAUACGACGCUUUUACUAUGAACUACAAAAUCUUCCCCAACAAACUUUCAGACGAUUUCUCAAUUCCAAUAACGUUGAGAAUUUGGAGAAACGUAAAAAUGCUGCUGUGCCUCUGCCCCUGUAAAUAUUCCGGAUACGGUCACUUUAGUUACGGUCAUUUCUGUAAGCGGUUUUUCUCUCAUUCAUACGCUCAUGAAGCUGCUUCACACAAAUCUUCUCCCAUCUUUUCACUCAGAAGAUCACUUCAUCCUUCUCCGUGCAUCUUGGCCAGGAACUGAAGGAUUCAGUGGCGUUUCAGACUCCAAAUUAACACCACCGUGUAAAUGCUUUGAUUUUUAUUAGACAUGAUGUAAAAAUGAUGAAAUCUGUAUAUAUUCCUGCAGUUAGAGAAAAUGUGCACAUGAAUAAUCUAGAAGUUGUUUAAAUUGUACUGUAUGUGUUGCUCUGUAACUGGUGUCUCAAAUUAACUUUAAAUAUAAAAAUUUCAGUUUCA